GUUAGCUUCAAGCUUACGUCCGCGCUAACGUCCGCGCGACUAGCGAUGGGAUGCCGCCACCCGGGCAGCCGAUGGCGACGACAGUGCUGUGCAGGUGGAUGUGCUAGCGCGGAUACCGGUUCGUAUGUGUGCGUUUUCGUGCCGUACCCGUCGCCCAAGCCGUGCCUCUCUCCUCAGCGUUGCCCCCACCUCUCCCCACACCGUCGCAGAGCCUCUCCGCAUCUCUGUCACAACUAUUUGAUCACGAAAACAGACGAGGACAGCGGAAGAUCUAGGCGCAUCCAUACAGGAGGGCAUGUGAG